AUGGUGUCUUGGGACGGCGAGAAUCCGGAACCUCCCAGUACCCAGCAGCCCAUCAGCACGGAGCCUCUCGUCCAAGAAGCCCGAUGGCUAUCGCCCGGCCACGAGGUAUCCCCGCCGUCCUGGCCUGCCUUUUCCCUCCGCGUGCUCGUAUUUGCACUCUGCCCCUGGAGGUGGCUCUCCGCCCGGCGCCACGCUCGGCGGCUUCACAAGUGGCGCACUCGGCUGCAAGAGCAGUGGGACCUCGACAUCAGGGGGAAGCACGGCGAGUCGAGGCCGCUGCCCGAGAGCAAGGAGGAGUUCCUGCAGCGGGUGUACUUGUCGGCGAAGGCCGAGUUCGCGGGCAUGACGACGACGGUGCCGACGUGGAAGAUGUAUGCGGGGUUGAAGGACCGGAGGUGGCCUGGAAGGACGUUGGAGGACCGGGCCGCGAAGAGGCUUGUUGCGUAUAUGUAUUGGGUGUUGGUCUGGAAAUGCGUGUGA